AACUCGAUCACUGCCAUGUCUGUCUACGUGUUGUCAAAAGUUACACAUUAAUUUAAUACGAACUGCGAGUCGAACCGUUGGCAAAUGAAAUCGUUGCUGUCAAACCGACUUCUACGAGAGGUGACGACUAGUCGUGUAUAUUCAGCGUGAAUUCUCUCUCUUACAGGUUUGAAUGUAGACUAAAGAGCUUAUGGCAAUAUGACAUUGAGUAAUAUUUACAAACCAGAAGCAAACAAGUUUUCACAUCUUGGAAGUGAAGAGGAUGAUGAUUCUGAUGACCUCGAUGAUGAAAUUGAUGAUGGCUAUGGGACGGCAUUACUUAGCCCAACAAGAAAUGUACAAAAACAGUUAAUGCCUCCAAACAGGACUACAAAAAUCAGGAGAGCACAUUCAAAACCUUGGUGCACAACCAGAGCUUGUUUUGUUUUCUUUCUUUGGCUGGCAUUUUUUUCUAUUUGCAUUACUGGACUUGUGUUGCUCAUUCUACAAGCAAUUGAAUCAAAAUCCAAGGAUUCUGAUGCCCAUUUUGUGAAGAAGGUUCUUACAGAUAAACAAGAUGGCUUCUUGAAUGACGAGAAUAAUUUUGCGCCAUGUGAUGAGCUUGAAGCCACCAAGGUGUGGCAUGCAACAAUGCCAAAACUUAUGACAGAAACUGCUGUGCGACUCAAUGAUGUGAAUGAAGAUGGAGUUGAUGACCUCAUGGUUGGCUUUUCAACUGGUGUAGAUGGCUACAAUGCACCAAAGAUAUCUUGUGAUCUGUAUUUUAAUGGCACCUAUCCUUGUUAUGGUGGCCUUAUGGCUCUUGAUGGAAAAACUGGCAAACAGUUAUGGAGACAUUAUACCAUGCAUGAAAUCUAUUCAGUAAACUGUAAUGGUGAUUUAGACAUGGAUGGUGUCCAAGAUUGUUUGAUAUCUGGAAGGGCAGGAGUUUUUCAAGCCAUCAGUGGUAAAAGAGGAGAGCUUAUUUGGAAUUUUGGACCACAGGAAUCUAGAGAUACCAACAUGAACUUGUACACAGCUCAGUUCAUCAGAGAUUUGAAUGGAGAUGGGGUGAUGGAAGUUCUUGUCACACAUGGGGGGGAUCCUUUGGCGGGUGAUGAAUCCUCCUGUUCUUGUGGAUUUGAACAAUGAUGGAACUGUUGACAUCACCAUGGCAAUGUACAACACAACUGUCAUUGCUUUUGAUGGAGAAAACUACAAGAGGUUGUGGCAUUUUGUAUUCCCAUCAAGUGAAUCAUAUACGUCACCAGCAGCAGGUUUCUUUAAUAAGGAUAACACAGCCGACUUUUUGGUGAGGUACAACUAUGGAUCAGGAUUUCCGGUUUAUUUUUACUCAAAUGUGACAGUGAUCGAUGGCAAAACAGGCAAGCCGUUAGUCACACCUUUCAUGAAGUCAUCGUCAAUGUGCAACACGUCUCCCCUGACAGCUAGCAUGCAGGGGCUUGGUAACGACCUGUUUAUAUACUGGGUUUCAGACUGUCUCGGCCACGAGGGCGAGGGAGGAAACUUUGAGUUUGUGGAAGGAACGAACGUCCAUGAGCAAAGCAGAGCUGACACUUGUAAGCUUCGAUAUAAUGCAAAGAGCUUUAGUAAGCUGCGGGUGACUAAUCACAAUAUAGGCUUUCCUGGCAAAGAUAUUUAUUAUUCAGAGGAUUUCCAAGACAUAGAGCAUGAAAGUCUAAGAGAGGAAACUGGCAGCAAACCAAACAGCAAAAACUCCACAUUCACCUCACGAAGAAAACGACACAUUGGAGCACCAGAUCACGGCGGGUAUCAGAGACUUAUUUCAACAGGUUCGAUGGCCACUUCGCUUGGAGAAGAAAACAAUAAAGAACCAAUGGACUCCAUCGAUGUGGUUUUCACUACCUACUGGCAGUAUCCAGCUAAAGUACGGAUUAUUUUACCAGAGGACAAGGCUUGUAUUGAGAAUUAUAGAAAUCUCAGCAGAGCAGGGAAAUUUGAUAAUGACGUUGAUGAAGACAAGAAUGAAAAACUUGGAAUAUACGAUGCAGGAGAUUCAGCCGUGAAUGAGUGCCUCAAGAAAAAGCAACAUCAAACUGACAAGGAGCAAAUAUUUGUCAGUCAAUCAGACUAUGACUUGUACAAAGUCCACUUUGGAAGCCUGACCGUGUAUCGUUUUUCCUUGAAGUGCAAAUGCAACAAUCUGUCCCCUUCCAAAAAAUGUGCCAAGUUU